UUGCCGACAUGGCCCGGGCCUGUGAGUCUGCCCAGUCCGAGGCUGACCAUGCCCGCACCGACCUUGCCGCACUGCAGUCCUCGCACAUGCGUGUGGCCAAGGAACGCGAGGCGCUGGUGGCGGACAACACGGCGCUGGCGCAGCAAGUCCAGGCGCUGUCGGCAGAACUGCAGCGACUGCGCAUGUUCAAGCGAGCGAUCCUGUGCACGCUGAAGGAAGACGAGAGGGCCGAUCCAGGGGUGGUCAGCCACGCCGCGGAGCUUUCGUCGCCACUGCCGUCGAUUGCGGUGGCCGACAGCUACCUCCGGCCGUCGUCGCCACACCGCUCACCACGCCGCUCGCCGCACCGCUCGCCGCACCGCUCGCCGCACCGCUCACCGCGCCGCUCGCCGUCGCCGCAGGUGCUUGACUCGCCCGCGCGCGGGAUCGAGGCCGACGACGACGUCCGGCGUGACCUCUCGCCGCUGAUGGACCGGCUGGCGGCCGAGGCCGAGGCACUCGACACGUCACUGGCCAUGGGCAGCAGCACGCGACCGGCGCCGCGGACUGGCGCACUCGACGCGCACCACUUGCUCAUUGCGGAGAUCGAGCAGUCGAUCACCGACUCGCAGAUCUCGUCGUCGCAGCUGCGGCGGUCGAUCCGAGCCUCACGUGAGGCGCGUGACCCGACGGCCACAUCGUGGAUGCAGGCCGAUGCUGACCCAGAUCCGGCGGCGUCGGCUGCCGGUGCGGCACGCGCAGUCGAGCGCGCGCGAUCGCGCUCGCGCUCGCUGACCCCUGCCCGUCACAACCAGUCGCCAGCUCUCUCGCGGUCGGCGCUCGACACCACCACGGCGUCAGCAGCAUCCGAGGUGGCCAGCGGCGUGCCCAAGCCGGGCUUUAUGGCAUCGGACGCCGGCAAGCUCUUUUUCCGCGAGGCCCGGCUCCGCCUCGACUACGAAGCCUUCAACUCGCUCCUCGAGGCCAUCCGCGAGCUGACCAACCGCACCAAGACCCGGAAUGAGACCCUAGUCUUUGCCUGGAACCUCUUUGGUCCCGACAGCGAGGAUCUGUAUGCCACCUUCAAGGCGCUCCUCGGGUAAAACGGUGA